AUGUUCGCAUAUGGCCAGACAGGAUCUGGAAAGACGUUCUCCAUGCAAGGUUCAUCGGACAACCCGGGUGUCUACUCUCGGACAUUCAACGAGCUCUUCAAGGUUGCCAGAGAACGCACUGCGUGGAAGAUAGAACUCAAGGGUGCAUGUGUGGAGAUCUACAAUGAGGAAGUUCGCGAUCUCUUGCUGGGACCAAACGACAAGAAACAGAAGCUUCAGGUAAGGCAAGGGAAAGAGGGCAAUUAUGUUCCGGGCCUCACAAUGCUGCCCGUGAAUAACGUGCAGGAGGUAGAGUCAUUGCUCAACACAGCACAAGCGAACCGAACCGUUGCCUCGACCGACAUGAACUUGCACUCCUCCAGGUCUCAUUUGGCGGUACAGAUUUUGGGAACCAUGACAAACCCUGAGGGCAAGCAGUUCUCCUCAGCCAUCACGCUGGUGGAUUUGGCUGGAUCAGAGCGCUUAGCCAAGUCAGGAGUCUCUGGUGACCGCCAAAAAGAGGCUAUAAAGAUCAACCAAUCUUUGAGCGCACUGGGGGAUGUCAUUGCAGCGCGGGCCCAGAAGAAUGCACAUACGCCAUACAGGAACUCGGUUCUGACGCAUUUCCUUCAGGACUGGGCCCCUCCGGAGUUGGCAAACAUAUAUGAUAUACACAUGUUAUUUUUUUAA